AUGGCCGGAUACUUCUCAAACCACUCCCAGUCCCGCUUCCUAGCCAUCUCCAACUCGACCGCAGCCACCUCGACCACCUCGACCACCACCACCACCACCGCAGCAGCAGCAGCAGCAGCCGCCAACCCGCCACCAGCGGCGACCCCGCCCGCGACGACGCGCCCGCGUGCGCCAUCCUCCAAGCACUUCUCGACCUUCGUCGCCCCCGCCGCAGACGACAAGGCGCAGGGCAAGGACCGCGCAGCCGGGUCCGGCGCAGCGAACGGCGCGCCCGCCGUGCACCCCCUCCAUCACACCUGGGUCUUCUGGUUCCGCCAGCAGCGCGCCCCGGGCAACAAAAUCACAAACUACGAGGCCGGCAUCAAGAAGAUCGCCGCCUUCAGCUCCGUGGAGUCCUUCUGGUCGCUCUGGACGCACCUCCACCCGCCCUCGUCGCUGCUGCCGACGACGGACUACCUGCUCUUCCACGCGGGCGUGCGCCGGCCCGUCUGGGAGGACCCGCUGAACCUCCCUGGCGGCAAGUGGAUCGUGCGCCUCCGCAAGGGCACCGCGGACCGCCUCUGGGAGGACCUCGUCCUCGCCGUGCUCGGCGACCAGUUCGUCGGCUGCGGCGACGGCGCGGAGGGGGGCCCGAACGGCGCGGGGAAGGAGCGGGCGGCGGCGGCGGCACCGGAGGGCGACUGGCCCGAGAUAUGCGGGUGCACGAUCAGCGUGCGGCAGAACGAGGACAUCAUCUCCGUGUGGAACCGCAGCGACGCGGACGCGAAGGUGAAGGAGCGGAUACGGGAGACGAUCCGCCGCGUGCUGAACUUCCCGCCGACGACGGUGAUGGAGUACAAAUCGAACAACGAUUCGAUGCAGGACAAGUCGAGCUUCCGCGUGCCCGCCGCGGACCGCACGCCACUCUCAUGA